UCGGUGUGGUUCCUGCCGUGAGCUCGGCCGGUGUGUGGCAGCCUGGCGGGCAGCAGACAGGAGGAAACGGAAGCAUGGCGCUCCGGCAGCAGUGAGCUCUGAAGCCCCCCUCACGGUCCAAGCAUGAAACUCGCCGCUGCGGCCUGUUACGGUCUGGCCGCGGCGCUGCUGGCGGUCGCCCUGCGGGAGCUGUUGACGGGCUUCGAGGAGAACAGAUGCAGCAUGACCUACAUGUUCGAGUACCCGGAGUACCGGCGUGUGGCGCUGCCUCGCCGCGUGGCCAGACUGUACCCGGCGUACGGGCUCUACCUGUACGGAGAGGGCGUCUACGCCCAGGAGACCCGAGCGCUCAAACUCACCGGCGCCCCCGUGCUUUUCCUGCCUGGGAAUGCAGGAAGUUAUAAACAAGCUCGCUCUCUGGGCUCAGUCGCCUUGAGGAAGGCUGAAAACAUGGAGGGAGGUCUCCACUUCAACGUGUUCACUGUGGACUUCAACGAGGAGCUGGUGGCGCUCUACGGCGGCAGUUUGCUCAGGCAGACGCAUUUCCUGCACGAGAGCAUUAAGGCCAUCCUGAGGCUCUACAAGCACCUGAAGACCCCCCCUCAGAGCGUGGUGCUGGUCGGUCACUCCAUGGGAGGAGUGGUCGCCCGGGCCCUGUUCACUUUGCCUCGUUUCAACGCUAACCUGGUCAGCCUCAUCAUCACCCAGGCUUCCCCUCACCUGGCUCCAGUGCUGGCCCUGGACCCGUACCUGCUGGAUUUUUACUCCGCAGUGAGACAGAAGUGGGUUAACCAGGCAAACAAACUCAGGAACGUCACAGUUUUGUCUGUUGGGGGCGGUUAUCGUGACUACCAGGUGCGCUCCGGCCUCACUUCCCUGGCUUGUCCCCCAGGAGACCCGAACAAGCUGUCACUGGUGGUAACUGCAGUUCCCAGGACGUGGGUGUCCACUGAUCACCUGUCCAUUGUCUGGUGCAAAGAGCUCGUUCUCGCCACGGUCCGGGCGUUCUUUGAUCUCAUCGAUCCUGAAACCAGACAGUUCACAGAAAGCCCGGAGCAGAAGUUGGCUGUGCUGAACCAUCAUUUCAUCAGACACCCCGUGAGGACGCCCGGGGAAACUCAAGACACGCCGGUCUCCAUCUCAGAUCUUCCUGAAGCGUGGAGUGAAGUUAACACACUUCGUCUGGCUUACAGCACACCAAAGGAAGGCCAAGCCAGGUACUUCCUGUUUGCCCUGUCGAGUCGCAGGAAAGCCUACAGUCAUUUCUACUGCCGGAGUAACAGCCUGGAGACGUCCAGCUGGGUGUACGGCUGUUUGCAGAAGAACAGCUCCUCGUGUGUGCAUGCAGUGGAUCUGUCCAAGGGAACUGAGCUUCUGCCUCCAUACAAGGUCCUGAUUCUGAGUCUCAGCGACUUGUCGUCUUUUACUCAUCUGUUUGUCUCGGCCUCAAACCUCAAUGGCAAACAGUUCACAGUGGAGUGUGAGUGGCAAAGAGAAGAAUCUCAGACUCUGUCUGUCGCGGUGCCGCACGUCCUGUCCUUCGGUUUGACCUCCACUGAUGCUACAGUUAACUCCUCUGGACUUCUUCACACCAUCGAGCUGCAACACUUUCACCAGGUCUAUCAGGCUUUCAGAAUUAAUGUUGCAAGCCAGUGUAAAGUACAGAGAGACAGAUUGCCCAGCGUGUACAGGAUAAAAGUACCAUGGUUUCGAGAGGACUCUUUAACCACGGUCAGCGUGCCAUCAGUGACGGAGAUCUCAGGGAUGCUCCACACUAGUCGUCCAGACAACACCUCAGGUGCCCUCCUGCAGCUCCACACUGCCCCCAACUGUCAGUAUAAGGUGUCCAUCAGGACUUCGUUACCCAAGGUGCUCGGACAGGUACUGAGGUUCUGUGGUCACAUGGUGCCGGUGUACACAGCUGUAACCCUCCUCCUGGCCUGUGGGGGGCAGCUGUCCUCCAUCCUGAAGUCGAGGCGAGCUGCAGACAUGAGUCAGGCAGUGGGCAAAGGCCUGCAGCCCCACAAAGUCAACCUACCUGUGUAUAUUCUGCACAUCGCAUUCAGCUGUAGCUGCUUUCAGGAGGUGUGGUCCGUGCUUUUCCUGCCCUCCAUGGACACACUCCCUCCAACCAUCCCUGAUGGGGCAUUUCACGAAGGGGAGGCACCAGGUGAAGAAUGGCCCCACCUCCUCUCGCCUCUGCUCUACAUCUUUGGGGCAGCCGUGGCGUACUGGGGCAGCACUCUGCUCAGACUCAUUAUCAGACUGACGUCGUUAAUCUUAGCUCCGUUGCACAGACCGUCUGUCUCCAGAGACUGUGGCACCCUGCGGCUGCAGACCCAGCUCCUCAUCACGCUGUGUCUGACUGUUAUGGGCGGGACUUCCUGUGGGGCGCUGUCAAUAUUUGCCUCCUUCCUGUUACACCUUUACAGGGUUCUGAGGCUGCAGAUGACGGAACGAUCUUUGAGCCACAUGUUGAACCUGGCCCCCCGGAAGCACAAAGAAGCCGAGAAUGGGACAACUGACGCUGAAUCCUUGAGCAAGUCUAAAGACAGCGGUGGCGCUCCCUUGCUGUCGGAGUGCGCUCUGCAGGAGGUGAGGGAUGACCUGCAGCUCCACCUCUGCCUGUCGGCGCUUUUCACGCUGCCCGUCACGCUCAGCGCUCCCUCUCUCAUCCACUGGAUCCGUAACCUGAGGUACUCUGCCCAGCUGGAUCCCGACCCUUGUUGGCCAUACAUCGUGCCUCUGAUUUUUGUCUACAUGCUGCUUAUUAACUGCAACACUUUAAAGCUCAGCAACAGUAAACUGCUGCCUCUGACCUCCUGCCUCCCUCUCCCCUUGGCCAUCAUCAUGGUGACUUUCUCUCCUCUUCACCUCUACAGAAUCACCUACUUCCUGUUGGCAUCACUCGUCCCGCUGGCCUUGUGCUGUCUCCUCUGACAGCUCCUGGCUGGUUUCAGUCUCCAUCUCCACCAUAACAUGCCUCUCUCUAAGUCCCAGCCUGACUCUCUGAGGCUGGUUGAGGACUUUGUGUAUCGGGCUGCCAUGGAGCAGAGCCAUAGACAUACAUAGCCUGGUUAACUUCCUGCUCAAUGUUAGCACUAAAAGCUCCAUGGUAAUUACACAGAGGUUUUAAAAUGAGAGGCUGUGAUGGCCUUGGAGCGUUUGGUGUGAAUAUGGCUCUGUUGGAUUGUCCUGAAACCAUGUUUGCCUUACUCUGUAUAUCUAUAGCUCUGCCUUCAGGGAGCACCAACUCCACAACCAGUGAAGCUACUGAUAUUAGAGACUCUGGACGGGGUGUUAUAACGCGUUGUUGUUUCUGGUGUCGACAGUGGCAUUGUUCACUGUGGUCACUGUGCUCUACACUGCCUGCUGCUUAGCAAAGACUUACAGCUCUUACGGUUACCUGCUCACUGUCGUAGGUGUGCUACAUUUAAUCCAUCAGACAAAUCCAAAGCAGGCGUGUUUACGUUCUCACUUAUUUGAUGCGCAAAUGACGGUGGCUGCAAAAUGAAGGGUUGCACUGGGAAAUUAUUGUGUACCUGUGCAGGUUUUGAGGCGUCGUGUUAUGCAGAGGAGGAAGAUUAGAGAUCACCGUGAUCUCUGUGAGCGCUGUUCCACUUCCUGUUUAUCUAAUUUUUAAGGACAUUAGCUGUAAUUUAGCCAGGGGAACAGCAGGGGGUGCUCGUGGGGUAGUCUGAUUCCCAGCUUUAGGUGGAAACCUAUGGAGGAUUGAAACUGCUAAAAUAAUAAAUCUGUAAAUUAAUUAAAAUACUAUUCAACGCAUAACAAAUAUAAAAUACAUCCAUUAAUUUAUAUAAGAACAUAAAGUGAUAAUCCUGUUUUUUCUAAUUUUUUCUUUUUUUUCUUUUUUUUUUAUUCUGGGGUCCGUCUGCCCCCCACACCUUACUUUUUCCUCCAUUCAGUUUUCAAUUUUAAAUAUUCAUAUUGGUUUGCAUUUCUGCUGUGGAUGUAAAUCAGCAAAUGGGGAGAAAAGGUUAACCCAUGACACACUCUGAGUGACUCGUUUACAAAGUGAAGCCAAAAAGAGUUAAUAAAAAUAAAUAAGUUUGAGAAAAUCAAUAGUGGAAAAAAUGGAAGUGGAAAAACAGAAAUGCACAAAUAAAUAAACAAAACAGACAAUUAGAAAAAUGGGAAAUAAUAUAACAACAGAUGAAUACAGGCACAAAACAGAAAUAUGAAUUUAUGUCAUGCUUUUUUUUACAGUGAUUGAUGUCACUGUAAAAAAACAUGACAAUAACACCUUAGCCUGAAGCAGCUGAGGUGUAUUGUCGUCACCACCAAGUGGGUGGUGAACUUUCAACUUUGUGAAUGUGAUAACUCGAGAAUGAUGUUGAAAUUCACACCGUAGAUGCAUUACAAAGUUCUUGGGUGACUUGGUUUUUGCCAUAAUGGUUCCAAUCAGAGAAAGUGACAGUAUUCUCAGUGGUUUCUAUUUAUUUUUGUAGCAUUUCUUAUUCCUGGUUCUUACUGAGCCAUUUGUAAGUCACUACGGCUCAUGUGCUCCCCAUUAAAAUCUACUGAGACCUGCUAAUUAUGUGUUUUCCUUUUGGCAGUUUCCAUCCUCUGUAUAACACACGUCUCCCGGCAGGAGUCAGAUUUUUUUUUUUUUUAAGUAACACAUGAACAAAGGGAAGUGAGCUCUCUGUAAAACGUGUGUUGAGAAACCUCCGUGUCACGAGCCGACUCAGGUGCGUCUCUGUGUGACUGUAAUGCUGUUGACGGGUUAAACGCAGUUACACCAACAUGUGGAGCUGAUUGUGAGACAAAGCAGAACAAAAUAGCAUUUUAUGAGAGAACGAAUCAUAAAUAUUUAAUUGUGGGCACACGGUCGCACGUUUUUCUAAAUCAGGUGUGGUUGUUGGCGUGUUGAGGUGAUUACAGCGGGUGCAGUGUGUUGUUUCUGGUGACAUUGUGUAGGUCCUCUGCGAUAUGUGGGCCUCGAGUCCCGGGAUGGGAAGAAUUGGCUUAUUGCUGGUGUUGUGUUGGGGUUAGUAUUUAUUGUUUGAGUGUUGGUUGAAGUUUGGUUUCAUGUCAUAUUUGAUCAGCAAAAAUGUAAAAACGAGUGGUCUGUGUUUGGUUUUUCAGCUGCACACGAAGCAGCAAAGCCCGUGUCAAAGUUAGAACAAGAAAAAAGAAAAUCUGGUGACAUUUUGAAUGUUUCUCUCUGUGAAAAUAACACGGGAAUUUGGGUUUUAACAAUUUAAGAAGAGGAUAGAGUUGGUCUGCUUUUCUCGCAGUAAUGAAAAAAAUCAACCCUGCGUUCUUUGUCUUGCCACCUCUUGACUUCCAUAUUUUUUUCCCUUAGUUUUCAGAACAAACCCUGCUGCUUCCUACUGAGGAUGUAAAUAUUUUAAAACCGCUCACACAGGAUUCGUUUCAUUAAUGUCACUGCAAAGCAGAUGUAAAUGGUGCAUUGGUUUGGGACUAUUUUCGGUUGCGGAUUAACACACAUUUGGUGCUCUAGCGACUUCCUCCAGCAGCUGGACAGAUUGUGAAGUAGAAUCCACCCUCUGGGUUUUGGUCUUUUCAUGGGACUGGUUGAAAAUAUGAAGACUGUUGACAAUAUGACAAAAAUCAGACUUUUCCUUUAACGAGGAGUUAUUUGAAUAAGAGGGAACAUUUGAUAUCAUAAAGAUUUUGGAUUUUGAAUGGAAAAAGUCAGAGAGGAAAAUUCUGUUGCUACAGUUGCUUCAACCGUCGUCAUUGUUGUGAUGAAAAGUGUUUUCUGCAGUGUGUGUGUGUGUCUGUGAGUGCUAUUAUGACACGUAGGCCCAACUUUUUGUUGCCAAUGAAAAUUUUUAAGCCAGUUUCACUCAGACGCCUUUGACCUUAAAUCAGUUGUUUCAUUGUAAAGGAAGACUACAAACUAAUGCUGCGUGAUGAGUAUGUGGGAGUUCAGACUACAGCUGUAAUAUCACUUUAACAAAAAGGCAUUAUUUUAUUAUAAAUAUUCAAGUUUGAAAUUAAAGCUGAGAGGCUCUACUUUAAGCCUGUAGUAACUAUUUUACUGUAACAUGAACAUGUUUUAUUCAGCAGGUAAAAUAAAUCCCUGUCCAAGCAUAUAAGACGCUAGCUGUGAGGGUUCAGUUUUGUUUUUCAUUUUGUGUCUCUCUGUGUGGAUAACUAUGGAGGACCAACACUGCUAAAAUUAUAAGACUGUAAAUGCUUUCAAAGUAAUAAAUUAAUAUUAAUAAUUUAUUGUCAAUAUUAAUUUAUAAAAAUGUGCCAAAAAUUAUUUUUUCAUUUCAUAUGUAAUUUUUGAUUCAAGCUUCCAUUGUUGAUGUUUGUGUUUCUGUUGUGUAUUUUGAGGCUAAAAGUUGACCGCAGGAAACGUUUUGAAUGACAGCACCCUCAUUUUUGUGAAGCAAAAAAUGGUUAAAUAAUAUUAAAAGGAAAAAGAAACAGUUUCUGGAAAUAAACAGAAGGAAAAAUUGCAUUGGAAAUUAUUAAAUACUAUAUAAUGAUAAUUAUGGGGUACAGUGAGAAAUGUGGAAUUUUACUUUUAUUUUAUACCUUUAUUCACUUCCUGGUGUUUUGAAUUUUGGCAGCUUCAGUCCUCCAUACAGACUGUGUCUUAAACUUUUAUUUGCUUGUGUCUUGUGUCCUGCUGCUGCUGCUGCUGUGCCUUUCUGCGUUCCCACGUAAGCGGCAGUUUGUGUUCAGCUCUCAGCAGCAGUGCGCUGGCUGAAGGCCUACAGUGAAUGUAAAGUGUACUUAACUGCUUCUGCGUGAACGUGUCCACUCACAAAGCUCCUCGGUAUGAUUUUUGUUGGACUUUAUAGUAACUAAAUACUAAAGAUAAGCUUUUUAGGGACCAAUGAAGCUCACAGUCAUUAGUCGGCACCUGUGCAGAGACACCGCUGUAGUUCCCAAUGUGAAUGUACCUGCACUGAAUGUCUCUGUGUGUUGUAAGUGUUCAGCUUUUCUGUGCAUUACUGGUGCAGUUUUAGUGCUUCGAGACGCACAUCGUCUGCCUCGCUGUGAGUCCGUGGCAAACACGACUUUGUAGAACAAAUUAGUAGAGAAGAGAUGUUUUCUAUGAAUAGACUUGUGAUUUGUAUCGGUGUUCACUGUGAUCACGUCCUUCCACAUGUUCACACUUGCACAGCAAACUGAGAAAUCUACACAGAAAACUGCUGUUCUGGGUGUUUAAAACUUGGUGGGGGUUUGUGUUUUUAAAAAUGUAGUGAGACUCCUGGAAUACAUUCAAAAUAAAGUUAAAACAUUUCCAUUAAAAUAAAGCAGGAAAUCUCAUUUUUUAAAAAUUUUUAAAUGCUGAUAUUUAAACCUGUUUGCCAAACUGUUGCUUUCUUCUUAUGGAGCAACUGUUACAUAUUCAUCUGCAGCUUCAGUUCAGGUAAAGGAUGGUUGCAGGGAAGAACACGUUAUUCCUCCAGAUGCCUCUGUGGAAGCCUCCAUGGGCACGAAAAGAUCAGCCAGAACAAACAUGAAUAGUUUGUAUAAAUUGCAUAAAAUAGAAGUUGUCGAAACAAGAAUUCCCACUUGUGACAUGAUGUCUCUAAUCUCCACUUAAAGUGGCCAUAUUCUGCUCAUUCUCAACUUCAUAUUUUCAUUCUUGGACUCCUCUAGAGUAGCUUUCCAUGAUUCACAGUUCAAAAUAAUCCUCCUUCAUCUCACACUGGACCUCGGUGCAGCCCGUCACCAUAAAACACUUCAUUUUAGCUCCUCUCCCUUUAAGGGCCCCUCGGGUGGGUGGGGCUUUUGUGCUCAAAGCCCAUAUUUGGGACAUCCCCUCUUCAUGAUGUCACACAGAUACAAGAGUAGAAAAACUGUCUGAAACUGAGUAUUUAAAGCAGUCUGAAGCCUGAAUUACUUGCACAUAGAGGCCCUUUUUUCACAGCUAUGAAUUAGGUUGGACUCUAAAGCUGAACUUGCUGCUUUGUAUCAGUUCAUAUCACAGAUAAAAGGACGCAAAGUGCGUACUUGUCGUCUUGCUCUAAUCGCUGUCUGUGUUUACCUCUGUGGUA